AUGGCCGCCGUCCGGUCCCGCGGCGCGUCCGUGGAGAAGCCCGUCGAGUCCAUAGAAGAAGCGCCGCGCGUCGUGGAGAAGCCGACCACAACCAUCCCCGACGCCGAGGAGCCCUCGUCGCUCGUCAAGUUUAUCAUCUUCGUGCACCGCUCGGCCAUCUCCUUAAAUUCGCUCCUGGGCCACUUCCGCUUCUGGGAGGUGCGGAGCGACAAGCACCUCUUCGACGGCCUCACCUGCGGCAUCUUCAUCCGGUCCCUGCUGCGCGUCGUCACGUACCUCCUCGUCGUUUCCGAGUGCGCGGAGAACGAGGUCAAGGGCAACGGCCUCCUCGGCCGCGACUGCGCGCACUACCACCGGCUCCAGCGCUGGUUCCAUCUCGACGAGGAGGGCGAGAGCUUCUCCGUGAACGUCGCCUUCUACAAUUUCGUGAUCCUGUGCUUCCAGGAGGCGCUGAUCUCCAUGUUCCUCUUCAAGGCGAACUGCGGCGCGAUCCGCGGCGGCGGCACGCUCCACCUCUCCGGCGCGGGCUACGCGCGGCUCGAGUUCGCCCUCCGGCGCUACUCCCGCUGCGCCUGGGUAUGCAUCGGCUUCGCCAUCGCGUGCUACAACGUCGCGCGCGACGCGACGCUGACGGAGUACGACUUCAGCGACGUCAUGUGGGACGAGCGCAAUGUUAUUUUACUCAUCACGCGGCUCCUCAUGUUCUGCUUCAACGUCUACAUCAUCGCGUGCCUGGCCGUCGCGGUCCUCGCGCUGCCCAUGGACGCGGUGCGCCUCUCGCGCGAGGACCUCUGGCGCCGCUGGGGCGGCCGGCCCUUCGCGACGGCGAAGCGCCACGAGAGGCAGGCGGCCUUCGUGCGCGAGCUCCUGACGCCGCGCUGCGCGUCCUCGGAGUACGACGCCAAGGUCGCGUCGGAGUCGCAGGACCGGUCCGGCGAGGGCGGCGCGUGGUCGAGGCGGACGGGCGCGAAGGCCUUCUACAAGAUGCCCACGCGCGUGCGCCUCGCGCUCUCCCUGUCGCUCAUCAUGACGGUCAUCAUUGUCGCCGCGGGGUCCUACGGCUUCGUCGUCGUCGACAAACUCGUCACGCGGCAGAUGGGCAAGGUCGGCGGCUACGUCGACGACAUGCGCGAGGUCAUGGACCUGACCAACGAGCGGUUGGCGAACUCCAUGGACGUGAUCCAGGCCUGGGACGCGUCGCCGAUCUUCGACGGCGUCGACCGCCUCGUCGCGGACCACACGGACGGCGUCGUCGACGGCGACUUCGCGAACGCGACGGCGCAGUUGGUUUUUGAAUCCAUGCAGGACAUCCUGGAGGACUACGAGGACGCCUUCGAGUACGCCUUCGACACCGCGGAGUUCGUGCUCAAGUUCUUCGAGAAGUGCUCGAAGUUCGUCAUGCCGUCGAUGUACCUGUCGUCGCACGUGACCUUCGCGACGACGUGCUACUCGCUCUGGACCUUCAAGGCGUCCUACGAGUCGAAGACGCUGCAGUUCCGGGCCACGGACGGCACGGUCAACGGCGAGGCGCUCCUCGGCCGCGGCGACGGCGAGGUGCUGCUGCUCGUCCGCGCGUCCAAGGCCGUGUCGCUCGUGGGCCUGCUCUGCAGCAACAGCAUGAUCCUGUGCCUCUCCAUGCUCCUCACGACGCUGUCGACGGCCUUCUCCGUGCAGCUCGCGCUCUCCUUCGGCUGGGUCCCGCGCAUGUCGCUGCGCUACGUCUGGACGCAGUUCGGCAUCUGGAUCACGGGCACGUUCCUCGAGGCGGUCAUCAUCGACGGCAUCCUCACGGAGAGCGCGCACGUCGUCCACCACGCGGCCUUCGACUUCUUCGACUUCCUUUUUUGUUAUUGGAACGUCGUCUACGGCUACAUCCAGGGCCUCGUGCGCCUCCUGCUCAUCGGCGGCGUGGCCAUGAGCCACUUCGUGCGCAUGGACAAGCGCGUCAUCCACGGCACCUACAGCAAGUGGCUCGACCCGGGCUACAACGCCUUCACGUCGACGGUCGUCCUCCACGAGACGCAGUGCAACCCCGUGCUCGAGGAGGCGUGCCGGCUGCUCCUGGGGAACCACGCCGCGACGGCGGCGAACGCGCCGGGCCUGGCCCACAUGGCGGACCCGCCGUCGCCGGCGCCCAACACGGUCGCGUCGCUCCUCGACGGGCCGCCGGGCGAGGCGGCCGGCGCGGCGCGCGCGCGCGCGCGCGCCGUCGACGCGUGGCGGCGGCUGCAGCUCGUCGUCGCGAUGACCGUGAGCCCGCCGCCGCCCGGCGGGUCGACGGAGCCCUUCGCGCUCCGCAGCUGGAACGCCGUCGAGCUCGGCCGGCGGCCCCUGCCGUCGAAGGCGCGCCAGCUCCUCGCGGAGGACGGCGUCUUCGGGCCGCGCGCGCGCGACGGCGACGACGUCGAGGCCGGCGCGUCCCUGCUGCCCGUCUUCCAGCGCGGCAACCUGCUGACGGCCUUCAAGCUCAUGGACCGCAGCAACACGAACCUCGUCGACGCGGGCGACGUCGCCGUGCUCUUCCAGUCGCGGGGCGUCGCGCUGACGCCGGCCCAGGCGUCGAGCCUCGUGCGCGACGUCGCGCUGAGCCGCAAGGGCUACUUCGAGCACGCCGUCGUCGACCGCCGCGACGACGACUACGACGACGCCCGGGAGGCCGCGCGGUCGCCCAAGGACGCGAGGACCCUCGGCCGCGAGGCGAGCGCGUUCUUCGCACCGGACCCAAUCGUCGCGCCGCGGCGGCGCGGGUCCGCGGCGCGGUCCCGGGGGCCAUCCGCGUCGCCGCGGCUCGACAGCGCCAUCCGCGACGGCACGCGCGAGGCCGCGCGGCUCGCGUCCUACGCCAAGGCCGAGGACCGGCCGGGCGCCGCGCUCGCGGCGACGCUGAACUCGAACCACGACAGCGGCGUGCUCGACCAGGUCUGGGACGUGCGCGCCGAGCCGUCCUUCGACUUCCCCGAGUUCGUCGCGUUCCUCACCUGGCGCCUCGCGGACCUCGCGGCGCCGGACGACGCCGCGCCGGCGACGACGGCGAACCCCAUGCGCGCGGACGUCGAGCUCGCGAGCGUGGCCCCGCGCGCGCCGGCGCCGCCGGCGGAGCCGCCGACGCCGCGACGCUCCUUCGACGCGGCCCUGGACGCGGGCCGGCGGUCGCUCUCGGCGACGCGCGCGACGCUCGGCCGCGCGAGCGAGACACUGCGGAAGGAGUGGCAGAAAAUACCGGAGACGGGCAUGCUCAGGUGGUCGCGGGCCGUGGGCUCGGCGCUCGUCGCGGCGGCGGCGGCCUUCCUGUCGCGGCGCUUCGCGGACGCGCGGCCGCCGGCGCGCGCGAGCCUCCACUACGACCAGACGCCCGAGGCUGUGCCCGAGGACGUCGCCGCGCGCGUCUACCUGCGGCUGCUGGGCGUCAGCGACGCCGAGGCCCACAUCGACCUGGGCGUCGUCGCGGCGGCGCGGCGGACGACGCUCGACUUCGACGGGUUCGCGCGCCACGUCCGCCGCCUCGGGCUCAGCGUGGGCCACUCGUUCUGGACGCCCGGCGACGUCCGCGACAUGUGGGACUGCAUGGCCUUCGUCGCCGCCGGCGCCGACGGCGCCGACGGCCUCCCCUUCGACGACUUCGCGGCGCUCUACGAGACGCGGCUGAGCCUCGACGGCGCCGCCGCGCGGCCCGCGACGCCCACGGCCGCGUCGCUCCGCGCGUUCGUCGACGCCAGGCUCGCCCGCGCCGCGCCCGGGAAGGCCCACGACCGGGCCCUCAGCAAGAAGGCGCGCAAGAAGGCCGCCGUCGUCUAG